ACUUGCCUGGGCUAGGCGUAUAGAUCAGCCUUUACGUCGGCUUUACUACGAGAAUCUCCAGCUGGCGUGUUAGAUAGACGAUUAGAGACAUGGAGCUGUAGCACUGUGUAUAAGGCGUGUAAACUUAGCGUAGACAAAAACAACGAGCGUUGUAGAAACCUAUUUAGCGUACUGACUCGGAUCAUUUUUUACCGCACUACCCACACGUGGAUAAGGCAACACCAUAGUCUUCUGUACCGGCGUAUAUCAAUACUAUGGAGAGUUCCCGUUGAUUCUAUAACAGGAGCCUUUAAGCUGAAGGUGUGAUAUGCAUCGAUGUUUUAUGCUGCCGUGAAGCGUGGAUAAGAGGACUGGCCAGAACGUAUGUUGAACCAUUCACCUGAAACAAUGACCUCUGUGGCCCCAGCUGGCAGUAUAAACAGAGACGAAAGUUUACAACUCCUAAAUCUCAAAGAACACUAUGAAAUCAUCAAGGAACUUGGGCGUGGGACGUAUGGUAAAGUGGUGCAGGCCAAAUGUCGGCACACGGGCGCCAAAAUCGCGCUCAAAAUUCUUCCAAAAUCGAACACAAAGAUUAAAGAGUUCCAACGCGAGUUCAAUUACAGCUACUUUCUCUCGCCACACGCCAACAUCGUAGACACAUACAAUGUGGCCUUUGAGACCCGAAGUUCAUACGUUUUUGCUCAAGAGUUUGUGCCACUCGGGGAUCUCUUUGAAGCCAUCCCUCCUCAAGUUGGCUUGACGGAAAACCAGGCCAAAAACUGUAUCAAACAGGUCGCCUCAGCUUUAGAAUUUAUGCACAGCAAGUACCUCGUUCAUAGGGAUAUUAAACCAGAGAACAUUCUGGUCUUUGAUAACGAUCUGACCAAGAUUAAAUUGAUGGACUUCGGUAUGACGAGAAAGGAAGGGACAGUGAUACGGAAAAUGAGCGGAAGUAUUCCGUACACACCGCCUGAGAUUUGUGAAGCGGUGCGAAAUGAGAGCAUUACUGUAUCAAUGAGCGGGGACGUAUGGGCGUUCGGAGUGCUAUUGUUCUGUAUGCUGACGGGGAAUUUUCCAUGGGAACAUGCGGAUAUCAGAGAUGUAUACUUUAAUGAGUUCUCUGGGUGGCAGAGGAGGAAAACAACAAAAAUUCCGUCUCAGUGGCGGAAAUUCACGCCAAGACUGAUGCGAUAUUUUCGCAAAGUGUUGGACGGGAAGGCAGACCGACGGUGUGCCGUAAAGGAAAUCCAGAAGUAUAUUAAUGACUGUUGGGUGGUUCAGAGUAAGGACAAUCACCAGAGUGAGGAAGAGGGCAGUGACAGCGGCAGUGAUCAUAUGGAACAAUUAACCACAAUCCUGGCUGAACAUGGCAUCAGCACACAAGUGGACAAACGUCUUCGAGAGAGGCGAAUCUCGGAGUGGCUACUGUCCUUUUGAGGCAAAGCCGUUAUACGAGUACACUUCUCCGGUCACUGGGGAUACACGCACCUUUUACUGGACUAUAUUACUUCGUCCCAUCACGUCAUCCAGGCUGUCAUGUUACAGAUCUAUAUGCCUGUCAAUUUUGUAUCAUGGUCAUUUGUGCGGUUGGUUAUUUUUUCUAGCAGCAACAUUUUCGCAAGUGAUGACAUGUUUUAUUUGUGAUAUCCCAUUUUCCAGAUAUGUUACAAUGAUAGAUCCAAAAGCCAAGGUAAUCAUCUGAUGGUAUUAGCCAACAUAUUGUGAUAGUUUAGCUGAUUCGUGGGAAAACGCCAAAGUAUAUAGCAAAGUUUAACCGCCAUCGCUUUAUCCAUACCAUAGACCGAAACAACAUAAGUGAGCUUUGACUGCUUGAGGCGGCAACAUGGUGCAUAACAUACCCGUCUGAACUUUACAUGUACGUUACAUAUAUUGCUCAUUUAUGGUGCUAUUGUGUAGGUCCAUAUGUAUUCUAUAUAACCAAUGCCAAGAAUGUACAUAAUCAUAUAUUAUAUCAUAAUAUUAUAAAAUAUAUCUAUCUACAUGUAUGUAUAUUUACUUGACGACUUGGGAUAUCUAUAUGACAGUGAGUAUUCUAUCCAUACUGUCUAAGAUGGACGUCUUGUUUACAACUGAGACAUGACGUACAUUUUACUAUACAAAGGUAUAUUAUAGGGGAAGCCCCUAUGCCCUGUUGAAGGCAACACUGCUGAUGCAAUAGUGUAAACUGUUUACCUCGGCAAGACAAUGUUUCCCAGUCCUCUUGGCGAUAUAAAAAUGAUUUGUUAUG